AUGAUCAGACGGUCAAAAUCAUUCUGGGGCAUGAUGCCCCAAAACCGCUUUGGGCAUGAGCUCUUGCAUGUGAUCGAAGAGGCGUUAGAGAUUUUCAGAGAACAUACAAUGACGGAACAAGGUAACAAUGUCGCUUCAGGUCAAAAGAAGAAUGAUUAUCAGAAGAAACCCACGUUUUUACUUUCAUCUGAUUUGGGUAAUGUUAAAGAUUCAUCGCCUUCUUCUCUAGAUAAUAGUAAAACGAAGAUAGUCCUAAAAGUGGGACACCACGAAGGGGCAGGAAAGGGGUUCAUAUUUUCUGAAAGGGAUGAUUUUGCAAAGGAGAAAGGUGAAAAAAUGGUUGAUGCUGGACUUACACUAGUUAAGAGGAAGAGGGUAAUUGGUGCUUCAAACAAAACUACCAUUCAAUUUGAUAUGGGCAAGAAUGGGGAAAAUAUUUCAAGGAGAAAGCAAAAUGUGAAAGGACGGUUCAAGGUGACUGGAUCCGAGAGAUCACAGAAGGAAAUUGGGUCGAUGAAAAAUGCAAAAGGACUGUUCAAGGUGAUCGGCUCUGAGAGAGAGAAGGAAAGGGGUACGAGGAAAAAUGGUAAUCAUUCGAGUGAGAAAACUGUUGUAAAGGAGCAGAUGAAAAGGAAUAAGCACAAGGAAAAAGUUAGGGGUACUAGUAUUACUAGAGAUUUGCAUUUUUGGAAAGAAAAACUGUUUAGUAUGAUUAAAACGCUUGAUAAAGAUUACGUUUCCGAUUAUGUUUCUCCAACAAAGAAUCCAAAUUGCGAUGCUGAUAGUAGGAGUGGUUCGACAUUCGUUCCAAUAACGGAGGAGGAAUUCUGCAAAUUAUUCAGGGUAGAAAAGAAAUCAUUGAAAAGGAAACCGAAACAGAUAGUAUAUGGUGGUGGGACACACAGUCUUCUCUCGUGGAUGAUUGAUUUAGGUACUAUUCCCGUUCUUGGGAAGGUUCAAUAUAAGAAAGCUAUGAGGACUAGAGUAUCUGUUGAAGGAAGGAUAACCAGAGAUGGCAUUUGGUGUGACUGCUGCAAUGGAACCAUCAGCAUUUCGGAGUUUGAGUCUCAUGCGGGAAGUAAACUCGGUCAACCAUUUCAAAACAUAUAUGUAAGAGAGUCUGGGGUUUCCUUGUUACAGUACCUGCUAUAUUCUUGGGGCAAACAUAAAGGUUCGGAAUGCAUUGGAUUCCAUUAUGUUUUUUGUGAUGAUUCAAGUGAUGAUAGGUGCAGCAUGUGCGGAGAUGGUGGGGAGUUGAUCUGUUGUGAUGGUUGUCCUUCAACUGUCCAUCGAAGUUGCUUAAAUCUCCAAAAGGUCCCCUCUGGUGACUGGCAUUGUGUAUAUUGUUCUUGCAAGUUUUGUGAGAUGAUUGCUGGAGAUUCUUAUCAGAGGGAUCAGAGUAAUGACACUCUUGUUUCUGCAUUACUCAGAUGCCAUUUGUGCAAGCAAAAAUAUCACCAAAAUUUUGUUCAGGGGAAGGGCGUUGUACAUGCUGAUUCCAAUUGUCCAUCAUUUUGUGGGAAGAAGUGUAAAGAGGUCUACGAGCAGCUACAGGUUCUUCGUGGGAUUAACCAUCCCCUGGAAGACAGAUUUUCAUGGACUCUUCUUCACCAUUCUGAUAUUAGCCAAGAUCAAUCUCUUAGUGUUGCUCCAGAAAUUGAAUGCUCCAAGUUAGCUGUUGCAUUAUCUAUUAUGGAAGAAUGUUUCUGGCCAAUUGUGGACCAAAGAAGUGGAAUUAAUCUCAUUCCUAAUAUUGUUUAUAACUGUGGGUCAAAUGUUCCUCAGCUGAACUACAGUGGGUUCUUCACUGCUAUACUUGAGAAGGGUGAUGAAAUUAUAUCGGUGGCAUCCAUAAGGAUACAUGGGAAUCAUUUAGCAGAGCUGCCAUUUAUUGGGACGCGGUAUAUUUAUCGGCGUCAAGGGAUGUGUCAUCAGCUUCUAAAUGGAAUUGAAUCGGUGCUGUGCUCCAUGAAGGUUGAAAAACUUGUCAUACCUGCUGUCUCUGAACUUGUGAAAACAUGGACUUCUGUCUUUGGUUUCAAGCCGCUUGAAGAACCAGAAAAAAAAGAAAUGAAGCGCAUGAAUUUAAUUAUGUUCCCUGGAGCGCAAAUGUUGCAGAAACCUUUACGAAGGCAGCGGUUCACUGAAGGGGGAAGUGCUUUUCAUUAGUAAUUUUGUUACUAUCAAACGGAGAAUGUCAUUUUUGGGAAGACAGGUUCAAAGGGUCAACAAUAUAGCUCAUAGGGACUUUCUUUUGAGGUAUGUUUGCUUUCUUUUCUCAUUGGCUUUUUGUUCUUCACUGUCAGUAGCUGUUCACACAAUAUCCAGACAUUCUUGCCU